UUUCGACUGUUCGUUGUAUGCCAUUUUAUGUGCUGUGUUAAGUGUAAUUGAACGUACUUUCUGACGGAAUUUAAGAUUUCAAAAUGUUGCAUAGGUUUUCCAGUUUGGUUGGAACCCUCAAUCGCAACCAACCAGAGACCGAGGUAAAACGACGACGAUUAAAGCCAUUAAUUGAUGAAGUAGCUAAGGGAUCAACGGUAAUUACAAAUGAACGGUACCACCAACGAUCAGUAGCUGGAAGGAGCCCUUGCGUUCUGGAACUUUCUAUGACAGUUCGAAUGACAACCGGAACUACUAAGGUCAACAGAUGGAUAUUAAAGGCAAUACAAGAAAAUCCCAAGGCACCAAUGACUACAAGAUACGAUGUUCACACCAGAAUGACGAAGGAAAUAGCGAUUUGCAGUAAACUUUUCGACGCGAUCGGCGAUUAUCAAAAACGAGUAGGAAUAGAAACUACGUAUUUCAAUAGUCUAUUUCCACACAUGGUUGCAACUCGCCUUAAUCUCACGCCAACACGUUCACGACCUGAUAGAUACUGUGUUAUAAUUUAUGAUGAUUUGGAUCCACUGGGCUACCAUUUUGAAAAUGCAUGCACCGGCUUUGAUUUGCCCACCGCUGAACUGCUGGUUAAAAAUUUGGCAUUUAUGCAUGCAAUUCCCAUUGCUAUGCGUUUGAAAAAUAUAUUCCAAUUCAAAGAAUCAGUCAUGCAUAUGCUGAACGAAGUUCCUGAUGGAACAGACAUCAAAGACCAUUACAAACAGAUCUACAGGGAUAUGCGAUUGGGUUUAGAUAAUCAGCCAGAGCUUGAACCACAUAUGGAAAAAAUUCAAGCUUGGAUAGAGUUAUCUCAAAAGUUCUCUUGGACUUCUAAGGUGUAUGAUACAUUGGAUUGGUUCACCAUAUGCCAUCCUAGAUAUUCCAUUCGAAAUAUAAUGGUAAAGCGAAAUGAGGAUGGUAUGCCUACAGAGAGUAAAAUAUUGGAACCACAUCGUUUGGAGUUCAAUACAGGUGUCAAAGAUUUGGUUUAUUUCAUGUGCACCAGCAUAGGGACAGCGCUUUUACGAGAUCACUUUGAUGAUAUCAUUGAUGUUUAUCACGAUCACUUUAUAACAAUACUACUACAGCACAACGUUGAGAUUGAGCAAAUAGAAAGGUUUAGUAAGGAAAAGCUUAUGAACGAAUUGAAUGCUAUGGCACCCUAUACGCUAGCUGACAUCUUAUAUACAUUGAGAACUAUAAUUUGUGAUGGGUUUGACGCCAAAGGCGAGCCUAUUCUAGACCGAGAUUAUCGAGUUAAGUUUAAAGAUAUCAUACUGUUGUUCAUUGCGAAGCAAUGGAUUACAGAAAUUCCUACAGAUCCCCGGCCUCCAGGCGGUCCACAGCCUCCAGGUGAGCCUCCGCGUCAAGGCGAUCCACAAGGUGCAGCCGAGAUACAAAUUGAAGGCGCUCAACAAGCUCUAGCCCAGCUACUGAUUGGAGGUGAUUUACUAGCUCCAGACCAGCUACAGAUUCACGGCGAACAACAGGGUGCGGCUGCGCUACAGCUUGAAGACGACCCACUGCCUUCAUGCUCCGAAAUGCAAUCAUUUUCUGAAUACCCGCCGACUUUAUGCUCGCCGUCCACACGCUCAUUCAUCUAAAGCCUGCUACACGGGUAAAAGCUUAUUGACUAGAUAUGUAGGUGAUUCCAAUACAGAUAUUUUAUACAAGACACUAAAUCAUUUAAAGCGACCAAAAUAUAUUCCAAUCAAAAUUUAAUUGCGAUUUGAAAAAUUUUAACCGACAAAACUCUUCUACUUAGAAAGUAAUUGUGACCAUUUGUGAAUUUUAUGUAUCUUGUUAUUUUAAACUCGUGGAUGUAACAUGCUAUUUGCUCUCUUUGUGUGUGUAGAUUUACAUUUUAAAAUUCUUUUAGGAACGUGUCAAUUUAAUGUGAACAUUCAUUAAUAUAAAAUUCAUAUUAAUAAAUUAUUUUAAUUAAAUUGACAAAAAUGUAA